AUGGCGCCUGCUGCAUGCGGCGGCGGACGUGGACGUGGUCGCUCUGCUCUGUCACCUCUACUAGGCUGCCUCCUCGUCUUCUCGCUGCUCUGCCUCCGCGCCGUCGUCUGCCGCGCGCAGGAGCCGGGGCACGGGCAGCUGCAGCCGCUGCCGGCGCUGGAGGUGGAGACCUACAACUACACGUCGUUCCAGGAGGGCAACUCGCGGGAGCAGAAGGAGCUGGCGUUCAGCAGGGAGGCCCGCAUCUACCAGGGCGCGAUCCAGGUCUCCCCGGACACCGGCAACGUCGGCAGCUACCAGGACAUCAUGGUCAACAAGUCCGGCUCCGUGCUCCUCCAGCGCCGCUUCACCAUGUGGCGCCGCGUCGACAAUGGCAGUGGCAGUGCCACGGCCCCGCGCGUCCAGGUCGUGUCGUUCAACAGCACCUUCUCCAUCAACGUGUUCCACCUCCCGGACUCGUCGCCGCGGCCCGGCGAGGGGCUCACCUUCGUCGUCGCGCCGUCCCGAGACGAGCCGCCCCCCGGCAGCUACGGCGGCUACCUCGGCCUCACCAACGCCACGCUCGAGGCCAACCCAACCCCGGCGAGGAACCGCUUCGUGGCCGUCGAGUUCGACACCACGAAGCAGGACUACGAUCCCAGCGACAACCACGUCGGCCUCAACGUCGGCUCUGUCGUGUCCGUCAAGACGGCGAACCUGACGGCGUUCCGCAUCGCCACGAACAGCAGCAACCCCACCAACUACACGGCCUGGGUCGAGUACGACGGCGCGGCGCGGCACGUGUCCGUGUACAUGGGCGUCCGGGGCGAGCCGAAGCCGGCGUCCCCGGUGCUGGACUCGCCGCUGGACCUCAGCGAGCACGUCCCGGAGAAGGCGUACAUCGGCUUCACCGCGUCCACCGGCACCGACUUCGAGCUCAACUGCGUCCUAGACUGGACGCUGUCGAUCGAGGUCAUCCCGGAGAAGAAGAGCACGACGUGGGUCGUCAUCGUCGCCGUCGUCGUGCCGGUGACCGUCGUCGCGGUCGGCGUCGCCGCCUUCUUCCUCGCCAGGAAGCUGCGCGCGAGGCGGUCCAUGGAGAGGCGGCAGGAGCGGCUGGAGCAGCAGCUCAGCAACCUCCCCGGGAUGCCCAGGGGAUUCGCGUACGACAAGCUCAAGAAGGCCACCAGGAACUUCGACGAGCGGCUCCGGCUGGGGAAAGGUGGGUACGGCAUGGUCUACAAGGGCGUGCUCCCCGCCGACGAGGCCCGGCCGGAGGGGAUGGACGUGGCGGUGAAGCGGUUCAUCCGGGACGACGGCAAGGACGUCACCGACUUCCUCCAGGAGGUCGACAUCAUCAACCGGCUGCGCCACAAGAACAUCGUCCCUCUCAUCGGUAUGUGA